AUGGAGUUCUUCUUCAACCAUGCCAGCAGCGCCAACGUCGGUGUCAUCCGUCGUGUCCUUCUGAGAGGCUUCCCCUGGUCGGCGUGGCAGGACAAGAAGCCCUUGAGCAAUAACGUGAAGCCGAUCGUCACCCACCUCCAAUGGUUCUCCCACGGUCUCGACUCUGUGGAGAUUGAUAUGCCCGACGACACCGCGGAUGCCUUUCACGAGGAUCGGAAAAUUCCGAAGGGUACUGACCCCGAAGACGAAGUUUACGGGUUCCUCGCUGCCGUCUACGCCACGAUGGGAAGAAUUAAGGGCAUCGGGUCACUCUCUGUCAAGAUGACGCCUCUUUCCAAGGACGCGGAUCGCAAACAGAUAUCGAUGAGGAGUAUCUUCAAGUUUUGCGGAUGGAUCAAAGUGAGCGAGCCUUCCAAGAUCGACACUACUCAUCCGUUGCUUCCUUGGAUAGAAGAGGAGCUUGGUGUCGACUUGAGGGUUCGCGAGUGCUUGCCUGAGGAUCUGUACAAGUUGUUGCACUACAAAGAAUACAUUUCUAAGAAGCACGGAGUUUCUUUGCCGAACUGGUCAUCCAAAGAUGUUCGUUAG